AUGAGUAUUUGCUUCGGUGCCGACCACUCCCCAGAGGUCUUAAGGAAGUGGGCAAAGAGGCGAGGCAUAUUUCUUCAUCCCGAUGUCGCUUUCCUUGUUCCCACAAAGACGAUGGGAUUUGGCGUAUUUGCACGUAAGCCGUUGAGCGCAGGCUCCGUCAUUGCCAGUUGUCCAUUUGCGACUUGCAUCUCUCCCUAUACAGAGCAGGCCACCUUCGAGUCGCCGUGUGUAAAAGCACUUGUGGAAAUGCACCUCACAGACAAUGUCCUUUUUGUUGUUCUGCGACUUAUGGCGGAAGCUGUGCGGCCUUCGUCGCCGUGGAUGCCGUGGUUGAAGGCCUGUCCACGCAUGUCAAACCAUUUUUUUGAUAUGAUGGUAGCUGGGCCUGUGUUUGGGAUGACGGCGAGCACGGACUUCGCGGCGGCGCCGACGACAGCUGCUCUGUUGUCAUGGACAGGGCCGUCACAGCAGCUGCGUGAGGUAAAUGUAGCGGUACGGUGGGGUGCGGCACAGGAGGUAAUACGGCGUUAUCCAGAGUAUUGGCCGCGGGAAAGCGCGACGUUUGAGCUUUUUUGUGAGUGCCUGGCGCAGGUCUUCUCGCGCAACUUUCACCGCGAGGAGAUUGCGGGGCGCGAGGGACCUUACCUUCUCCCUUGCCUGGACAUCAUCAAUCACUCCACCACCGCAAACGCAACGCUUGAGAUUCGGGGAGGAGGACGCAAACACCCCAUGGAGUUUUGUGUUGUCGCGGCCCGUGAACUGUGCCGCGGGGAGCAGGUGUUUUGUUCGUAUGGGCGAAUUGGCGCGUCGAGGUUUGCGGUGGAGUUUCAAUUUAUCACUGAAUCCACUACGAGGGAAGACAUGCUGCGCUUUUCUGUGGAUGUCAUCACGGAAAUGGCGUUGGCUCUCAUCUCGAUUGACUUGGAGUCGUCUACUUCUACUGCGGUAGAUUCGGGAGUGAUCCGGCGACGCAUAGAAUGGUUGCAGCGUCUCGGCAUCCUAUGUGAUGAGGGAUUUUAUGUCUUGCGGCUGCCUCACGCUGAAGUUGAGGGCGACAAGCUGGCUGCUUCUGCCGCGGCGGCAGUCGCAAAGGAUGUCCAAACCAUGUUUAACGUCUUUUACCUCAUGACUGUAGAGGCGUCGAAGUUUGAUAGCUUAACCCACUCGAUCAACCGUGAGUGGCAGGCGGUGCGGACGCCAGAGCUGGUGGCGCUGGUGUUGAGGGUGCUUGACAUGCGAGCAGAGGCGGCCAAUGCGCAGUUGGCCGCUGCAGAAGUGUACCUUGCGGAGGCUUCACACAAUGAACGCAAAAACCUGCUACAGCUGUCAUUGAACUCUGAGCUGGAGAUGAUUCAACUCCUGAGGAAGCACGUGAGCACGCCUCGCUAG